AUGUCUGCACAGUCCACCUUCCUCUUUCUUUUGGCAACCAUUUGUGGGUGUCAGCUGCUGUCAGUUACAAGCGCGUCUUCCUCGAACGCCUUCAGUUGUUCCGACGGCAAUAAUGACAAUGGCUGCGCUUGUUUUAUCGAACUUCCUGAACUACGAAAUGCUGUCAAGAAGUUUAUCAACGAUGGUUGUUCUGACGACAACAAUUGCAACAACACUGUCGUGCAAACUUAUGGUUGGCCAAUGGGAUCCUGGUGUGUUUCGAAUGUCACAAUAUUGAAUUCCUUGUUCUUUGGUGCAAGUUCUUUCAAUGAUGACAUUUCUUCUUGGGAUGUUUCUUCCGUUACUGGCAUGGGAAGCAUGUUCAAUGGCGCAUCUUCGUUCAAUCAGGAUUUGUCAACAUGGAAUGUCUCUGCAGUCACGGGUAUGGAGGCAAUGUUCAGAAGAGCAACGUCUUUUAAUCAAGAUUUAUCAUCAUGGGAUAUAACUUCUGUCACAGCCAUGUUUUGGAUGUUUCAAAGUGCUCUAUCGUUCGACCAAAACUUGUCAUCUUGGGAUGUUUCGAACGUCAAGAAUACGCAGGGAAUGUUCUUUGGGGCAUCAUCAUUCAAUGGAGACCUUUCAUCGUGGGAUGUUUCUUCUGUCACAAGGAUGGGUCUAAUGUUUCAGGGCGCAGCAUCCUUCAACCAAGACUUGUCAUCGUGGAAUGUUUCUUCCGUUACAACAAUGCAUCGGAUGUUUUAUAAUGCGUCAUCCUUCGACCAGAACCUAUCAUCUUGGGAUGUUUCUUCUGUUGCUGACGUAACCGCAAUGUUUCGCGGUGCGUCAUCUUUCAACCAGGAAUUGUCAUCUUGGGAUGUUUCUUCUCUUGUUGACAUGACUGAGAUGUUCCGUGAUGCAUCAUCAUUCAAUCAAGACCUGUCGUCAUGGAAUGUUUCUUUGGUUAGUGAUAUGCAGUCAAUGUUCAAUUCGGCAUCUUCAUUCAAUCAAGACUUGUCGUCGUGGGAUGUCUCAUCUGUCACAAACGCGAGGUACAUGUUCGAAGGAGCAUCGUCUUUCAAUCAAGAUUUGUCUUCGUGGGAUGUUUCUGGAUUCACGGAUAUACGUGGGAUGUUCCGAGGCGCAUCAUCGUUCAAUCAAGACUUGUGCUCUUGGCGAGCAGGAUUAGAGAUUAAACCUUUGGAUUUUCUGAUGUGUUUUUGA